UUGAAAAGAAAAAUCGUGGCUCCAAUGGAGCAAGUCUCGGAGCAAGAAGGUGACGCCGCCAGCAGCGGCGGAGAUGCUGGUAUAUUUGAGAUUACAGACUUCACAAACGCCAGUCCGUGGGAGAGUUUCAUAGCUGAUCUCGAGGGCCUGUUUCGUCAGUGGGAGCUCGCCCGACCCGACUAUGAACAGAGUCUGUCAGGAGGCAUCCAGCAUCGCAAGACGGAGCGAAUUGGGUACAGCAGCCGGAAGUUCGUGGUGACUCUGGAGGUGGAGGGAGGGCAGAGGGAGAAGGGAGUGCUCGGGAACGGCGCCGCUGCAGCAGAGUGGCCAGCGGCUGUCCGUGAGAUGAUGGACAGUAGCCGUGAUUUCCCUCCCAGGGCCCAUCACCUGGCCAGAUGGUAUGGGUUGUCACAGUUUGUGGUGAUUUGUCCGACUGAGGGGGCGGAGUCUCUGCACAGCCAGGCACAGGCCAACCUCAUGCUCAGCUCUGUGUCCAUCGCCAUCACCAACACUGGAUGCACCACUCCAGUGUUUGUUCAGCUCCACCAGCCGUGGAGACUGGUGUACGUCGGGAUGUGUGGCAGCGACAGAGUUAGAGUCGACUACAGUGGCUCGGUGGCUACAGUGAAGAUGGGGCCGGUGCAGGUGGCGGUGAGGUUCCUCUACGUUCUCCGUCACUGGAGUCUGGACGACUGGCCAGUGGAGCCUCUCGUCGACGUAGACAGGGGAUUCGACGGAGAGUACCUCGGGAAACUUCGUGUGGGAGCCUUCACUGAUCCCGUCAAGGAGCUGCAUCUCUCAGCCAUUUGGCCCAGACUCACAGAGGAACUGGUCACAGACAAUGGAACAUUCUCGGACCUAAACCCUAACCAUGCCUCAGUGUGGACAGUCACUCUUCACCUGACUGAGAAUGCCAGCUGCAUCUUGGGUGUCACAGCAGAGUCCUAUUCCAAGCCCCUGGACAGACUGACGAGCCCUGGUUCCACGCUGGCCUCGCCCCUGUUCCAGUCCGUGGUCUACACGGCCACUCAGAGGAUGGAAUUGGGACGGACUCCAGAGGAGAACAUCACUGAAAAGGACCUGGAGGCAGUCGUUAAGUUCCUCUUCCCAGAUGCGUACGAUUCAAACCAAAGAACACCGUCCCCCACCACGCAAGGAGACAGUGAUUUGGUGGUGAAGUUAAAGUCGGCUCCUCUUGACAGUCUCACCUGUCGACUGGCCAAGGCUCUGGCUAUUGUCAACACCGAGUGUGGAGUGAAGGCAAUGUGUAAGGUGUGGCACGAGGUGACACUGGAGCUCAGGUACAGGUGGGAGAACGCCAUUUCCCUCCCCCAUAUUCCAGAAGGUCCUCCCGACAUGAAGUGUUGCAUCCUACACCAGAAACUACAGAUGCUCAACUGCUCCAUACUCCACAAGAUCAAGCACCAGCAAGCGCAGCAGCAACACGACCGACAACAACCCAGAGUAAACCACGUCGCUCCAUACGCCAACGAAUCUCCGUCUCCAGCGUUAAAAACACACCACGGAUCUUCUGUAUCACAAUGCAUGCCUCCUAACUCUACCACUACUACUAUGGAAAGAAAUGGCACUUCUACUGGAGGUGGUACAGGGAGGGAAGGGGAGAGAAUGUGUCCGCAGUCAGAUGGUGCAGUUCCGACGCGUCCAAUCUCAAAUUCAGGUUCCGGUUCGAGACCGUCCCGCAGGGACGAGGAGGGAAGGAGGAGUAGCGGGGACCAAUCUGAGGAUGAGUUUUUCGAAGCUCUUGAGGAUCACGAUGCGGAGGAGGAGGAGGAUAGUGGUGGCAUUACAGUGUCGUCUUCUUCACAAGUCGGAGAGAGAGGGUUGGAGGAGGGGGGAGGGGAAGAGGAGGAGAAAAUGGAGGGGGAGAGGGAGAGGAAGAAGGGGUCAGGAGGAAAAGUAGAAGGGAAGAAGGAGGGAGAGGAGACAAGGGGGAAAAUGGAGGGGGAAGGGGAGGGAGAAACGAACUCUGUAUCACAACAGCAGACCGAGGACAGAUCUGAUGAGCCAGUAGGUGGGGCAGUUGGUGGUGAUGAGGGUGAGGGAGGGAGAGCGGGUGUGGUUGGAGGGAGUGGAAGAGAGGGAAUGGGUCGACUGCAACAGUGUGGAGAUCUGGUCAUCAUUGCCACUGGGGAACCAAUGUACAUCCCCGUCACACAGGAGCACCCUCCACUGACGGAGGACCACGUGUGGGAGCAGCAGGCAGUGAUGGCUCGACUGGGGACCUCCGAGGAGGCCACCAGACUCCGCGCCAAGAUGCAGAGCUCCUCUCUCAUGUCAGACAUGCAAGCAUUCAAGGCAGCGAACCCAGGGUGUCAGCUGGAGGACUUUGUGAGAUGGUACUCUCCUCGUGACUGGGAGGAGGGGGAGGAGGGAGAGGGGGAGGGAGAGGUUGAAGAAAUGGAGGUGGGAGGAGAGGGAGGGGGGGAAGGAGGGCCAACAAAAGCGGCGUCCAAGUUUGAUGUGGACGAGGGAGAGGGGGAGGGGUGGGAGGAGGAGGAGGGAGGAGGUGGGGAGUGGGGUGUCAUCGGAGAGGGAGAGAGGAGUGGUGGUGAUUCAGAGAGUGACAGGAAUGACCAACAGCACAAAGACUCAUCAAAGGAACACGAAACAGCUUCUCACACCAAAAAGAAGUUUGUGUCUGGUCGUCUGAGCCUCCGGAUGCGGCAGCCGGGCGGGUUGUGGUGGGAGGUGUGGUCAGUGGCCGAGCCGGUCCCCGCCCACCGGCAGAAGAAGCUGUUUGACGACACGAGGGAGGCAGAGAAGGUGCUGCACUACCUGGCGGGCCUGAAGACGGCUGAGCUGGGGCUGCUGGUCCUGCCCGUUCUCACUCACUGUGCCGUACAUGCCCUCAGAGAGAGACAUGCUGCUCAUCGUCUGUCGUCGUCAGAGAGUCACCUGACAGACGCCGUGUCUCUCCUCUCCUCCAUCCCUCACCCCACCACCGACAGUCUUCCCAAGUUCAGGGAGGUCAUCUCUCUCCUCUCACAGACGGAACACCUACAGGCGAGAGCACUCAGUUUUAUGCCUGCAGCAGGGCAUUCGCUGCGACUGAAGCUGGCCCAGGGACUGGACCUGAGUGGUCAGCACACAGGGGACGGCAAGGGGAGGGGUGGGGCCGACUCGGAGAUAAGUGCCGGGAUCGAGGUCCUCCUCCAGGAGCCAGAACUGGUUCUGCAGGAUCCGACGACGAGUCGUACCGGUCUGGCCCUCCAGGGACUGUUAGCGGCACAGGUAGCAACCAGGGACUUGGAAGAACAAGAAGUUUCAAUGAGAAAAAUUAGAGUGGGGGCGGAACACCGAAGAUGUGGGAAGGGAGCCGCGCAGGGCAAGCCAGCGAACAGCGCCGCAGCACACAGGGAAGCGAGCGGCGGGGAGAGAGAGAGGGAAAGAAAAGGAGAAAAGGGAGAGAAGAAAAAGGGGCAGAGGGGCAGGGAUGAGAGCGCGGGCCAGAACCGCGCAACGCGAGCAAAAGAAGUAAAGUGGGAAGAGAGGGGGGUAACGGGAGAGGAGCGAGAGGGAAACUCCCAAGAAGAAAAGAGAAACCAGGAGGACAAGAAAAAGGGCGGCCAAGAGGGGCAACGGGAGAGCGAGAGGGCCCAAGAAAAAGAAAAGCGUAAGAAGAAAGACAGGGGAUAA